GCAGCUGCAGCCGCUAACACCUCGGCCCCGCGGCCUCUCCUCCCCCUGCCCGGCAGCUGAUGGGGCCUGGUGGGCUCCCCAGGCAGGAGCCCAGCCUGCGGCAGGGGCCACCUGGCCCGUCCCAGGCCAAGAUGAGGGUCAGGCUGGCCAGUUACCUCUUUGCAGCUGGAAAAGAAAGAGGGAUUUCCCAGGAUUUUUCCUUUUUUACAUGCAUGUUCACAGAGGCUUAUCAGCUUUCUCAGGGCUUUAACAGAUUGUCAAUUCUCAAAGCUAAUUACUGAUUGCUUUUUGUGUCAGACAUGGAGGAAACUGCUAGCAGCUUCUCUUUGCAUUUCUUCCAUAAGCGCCUCCCAUGCAAAACCACCCCACCAUAGGAACAGGGGGCUGGUGAAGGUUGCCAUGGAAACUGACCAUAGCAACAGGGGGGCUGGUGAUGUUUGCCUAGGAAGGAACCGAGUUGCCACAGGCCCUCAGAGGGGUUCCAUGGGGACUUCCCAAGAGUCUCCAGGCUGUUCAAGAACUGGAAUGUCACAGGCAGAGACAGGGGCUCCAUGGAGACCUCCCAGGGCCUUCUGGAGAUGGGCAGAAGCCAAUGCCCAGCCACAGCCAAUGUCCAACAGCAGCUCCAUCAGCCACUUCCUCCUGCUGGCACUGGCAGACACGUGGCAGCUGCAGCUCCUGCACUUCUGCCUCUUGCUGGGCAUCUCCCUGGCUGCCCUCCUGGGCAACGGCCUCAUCAUCAGCGCCGGCCACCAACUGCACACGCCCAUGUUCUUCUUCCUGCUCAACCUGGCCCUCAGCCACCUGGGCUCCAUCGGCACCACUGUCCCCAAAGCCAUCCACAAUUCCCUCUGGGACACCAGGACCAGCUCCUAUACAGGAUGUGCAGUCCAACUAUUUUUUCUGUCUUUUUCAUUUCAGCAGAGUUCUCCCUUCUGACCAUCAUGUGCUACGACCGCUACAUGCCCAUCUGCAAAGCCCUGCACUACGGGACCCUCCUGGGCAGCAGAGCUUGUGCCCACAUGGCAGCAGCUGCCUAGGCCAGUGGCUUUCUCUUUUCACUGCUGCACCCAGCCAAUACAUUUUCCCUGCCCCUGUGCCAGGACAAUGCCCUAGGCCACUUCUUCUGUGAAAUCCCUCAGAUCCUCAAGCUCACGUGCUCCACAUCCUAUCUCAGGGAACUUGGGUUCAUUGCAGUUAGUGCCUGUUUAGGACUCGGAUGUUUUGUGUUGUUUUUUCCUAUGUGCAGAUCUUCAGCGCCGUGCUGAGGAUCCCCUCUGAGCAGGGAGGGCACCAAGCCUUUUCCACCUGCCUCCCUCACCUGGCCAUGCUCUCCUUGUUUGUCACCACUGGCACAUUUGUCUGCCUGAAGCCCCUCUCCAUCUCCUCCCCAUCCAUGGAACUGGCACUGUCAGUUCUGUACUCGGUGGUGACUCCAGCCCUGAACCCCCUCAUCUACAGCCUGAGGAACCAGGAGCUCAAGGCUGCAGUGUGGACACUGAUGGCUGGAUGAUUUCAGGAUCAUUCAAGUGCUGGCAAAUCAAUUGUAAUAAACCACAAAUCACUUGGGAUAAAAGUCA